AAGAAGUAAAAUUGUUUACGGAUUGCAAUAAAACACCGCCAGUGAGAAGUAUUUUUGAUAUUUUUGGUUUUUCAACACGUAAAUAGUUGCAAUGCAACGCGAAGAAAAGCAAUUGGAAACAUUGAUUGAUGCGGUUUUAAGUCGAUUAAACGACUUAAAACUUUCGAUCGGUGCAAUGAUUCAUAAAAUUGAAACCGAAUAUGAAGUCAUCAAUUGGCCAACAUUUUUAGAUAAUUUUGCAUUGAUUUCCAGUCAUUUGACGGGAUUGUCGAAAAUUCUUGCACAUGAGUUGGGUCCGCCGCUUCGAAACCUUACCGUUCUUCCACUGCAACUGUCUCAAGAGAGAGACGAAGCCAUUUUUCACUUGACAGAGUCGCGUAUAGCAAUUUUUGCGCAUGAUUUGGUUCCAGACUAUUUACGCACAAAACCAGAACCAGCAGCUGAACAGCGAAUGCUCACACAUGAGCAAAAAGCAAAUAACAUGGUGCCUGACACAGCGGCAAAACAAGUCAGCCAAUUCACAAAAGUGAUUUCACAUGUUUACGAUAUGGUGAAUAAAGCGCGAGAAGAAUGGGACGUCGAGGCUUCAUCACGGGCCGGUAUUCAACAGACAAGUAAUAUCGGUGACACACAUGCGCUGGUGGCCGCAGUUGGGAUGGGCAAAGGAUUGGUACCAGACAGUGGAAGUAUGGUUCCACCAGUACGGCCAACGAUGCCAACCGGUCCGGCGCCGGCCACACAAACUGGCAAAGCACCUUCUGCUAUUAAAACAAAUAUUAAAUCGGCCAAUCAAAUUCAUCCGUAUAGUCGUUAAGUAGAUUUUGUGUGAAUAUUACACGCGUGAAUAUUGUUUGAGGCGGAAAAAAAUGAAAUAAAUUUUAACAUUAGACAAACGAAA